ACUGAAGACGUCAUGAUUUCGACAUGCGCAAGGAGGGGGGAACAGGGGGAACUGAAUUUACCGUAACACCUGCUCUGUUAAUUCUCCUCUCUACCAGUUCUCUGAUGCUGCUGUUUACAGCCAGAUGUUAUGACGCAGCGACUGUUAGAAAGGUCAGCUGAGGAUAGUUCUGUUGUUGCUCUGAACUGGGUGACUGUUAGAGGCGGUUCAGCUGCUGCUGGUAACACUUCACUGACUAAAGUCACAAGAACAUCUCUCUUACAGAGCUGUGGAAACGGUCGCGCGGUGCUUAGAGACCCGAUGUUGUGGCGGAUCGUGCUUCCCUGUCGAAAUGUCCUACUGUAACACACAUACAAGGAGCGUUCUGCAUAAAAUUAUCAGUACCUCUGGAGAACUAAGUGUCCACAAUGUCUCUGAGAAAUCGGUCAUUCAGAGUUCUUCUGAUCUUCGGGAUUUGUCAGGUCGGGCGUUGGGGUCUUGCCUCGGCCUCUGAGAUGGAAGAGCAGCCUGAGAAAAUCGCCAUCAUUGGAGGAGGAAUCGGAGGAACAGGAGCAGCAUAUUUCCUCAGGCAGGAGUUCGGACCGUCCGUCAAGAUUGACGUGUUUGAAGCAGGAACUGUAGGAGGACGUCUUGCUACCGAGAACAUCAGGGGACACGAUUAUGAAACCGGAGGGUCCAUUAUACACCCACUUAACUUGCAUAUGAAGCACUUUGUGGACAAACUGGGCUUGUCCACCCAUGAUGUCCCUACUAAGCUUGCCAUAUUUGAUGGGAAGAAGCUGACCUUCGACGAAGGCUUAAAGUCCAGUCGCAUGCAAAAGUGGGUGGAGGGCAUUCUAAGUAAGUUCAUGAGGAUUUAUCAGUACCAGCAGUCUGGUUACUCCUUCUCCAGCGUGGAGCAGCUCCUGCAUGGCUUAGGUGGAGACAGCUUCCUGACCCUGAUCAAUCAGACACUGGAGGAGGUCAUGCUGGCUGAUGGCUUCUCUCAGGUCUUCAUCAACAACGUUGUGACUCCGCUCUCACGCUUUGCUUUCGGCCAGACCGCUGACCUCACUGCUCUCGUGGGUGCCGUGUCCCUGGCCUGUGCUGACUCUGGCCAGUGGGCAGUGGAUGGAGGAAAUAAGCGGGUUUGCUCUGAGCUUCUGUCCCACACCAAGGCUGAACUUAUCCAGGCCCGGGUCACGGAUAUUUCUCUGAAGAUGAAGCCGUCCAAAAGCGGCACUGAAUCAAGCUUUUACGAGGUGAUCUACGUUGGUGACUCUGGCCCCACUCACUCCAUAUAUGACAUUGUGAUUGUGGCCGCGGCCCUUCACGAAGGCCUCUCUGACAUCAGCUUCUCUGGCUUCUCACCUCCAAUCCCAUCUCACUUUCCUGGCCACUACCACCACCUUGUGACCACGCUGGUCAUGGGUCAGGUCAACACAUCAUAUCUGGGGAUCGAUCAGUACCUGGCCGACUUUGAUGUCUCUGACAUUUUUACCACAGAUAAUGAGGCGCUGGCUUUUAAUAGCCUGUCCUCGGUGGACCCGACCCGCCUUCCCCCGGGUUACCGCCGGCCCCCAGCCAGCGAGAGCAAAGUGUGGAAGUUUUUUUCCCAGGAGCCGCUGUCUGAGGAACAGCUGCGGGAGAUUUUCGUGUCGUGGGAGGGGGUGUGGGAGAAGCGCUGGCUGGCUUACCCCUCAUACAGCUCUUCACCGCACCCCAUGCCACCGUUCAUCCUCCACGACCGUUUAUACUAUCUCACCGCCAUCGAAUGGGCUGCCAGCUGCAUGGAAUUGAGCGUUGUUGCAGCACGCAACGUGGCACUGCUCGCCUACCACCGCUAUCACGACCAGACAGACAAAAUCGACCGGGAAGACCUGCACACCCGCCUCCGUGAAGAGCUGUAGAGGAGGGGGGAGCAGAGUCUAGUCCUGGAAUGCCAAAGUACUGCUGAGUUUAUCAGUUUUCAUUUAGCUCACCUAAUUCAGCCCAACAGAUUAACAAAUUCUUCAUUAGAGUGCUAAAGGAAAAGGCCACUUUAUCACUCUACACUCAUUUUUUCCACUGAACGUCACUGGAUCCUCUAAAUUACGAGGCUGUUAAGCAACUGAAAAAUUAAAUUUGCUACGUUCAAACUAACACUGCUGCACACUGAACUGACAUCAUAAGACAGCGAGUGCACAAAAAUACCCCAAACAAACCAGCAGGUUUUAUCCAGUUAUAGUGAUGGUGCUUUGGUAGUAGCAGAGUAAAGUAGGAGCAGCUGGUGUUGAUAGACAAGUGUUACAGUUACAGUGUUGAAAGUUAAAAGUAGACUUUCGUGCAACGUCAGUAGUGGCAGCUUGCUAUCAGCAUGAAUGAAGCAAUGUUCAUCUUUCGUCUCCGUAACACCUUAACAAGCCUCAUAUUUUAAAGGAUCCAGUGACGUUUGGUGGAAAAAUGAACAUAGAUUUGAAAUCUUUCUUGUUUACCACGUGGCACUGAAUUUUGAGAAUCUCUUUCAGUUCCUAGUAUGACUAGAGAAUGACACGACACCAGUUACAGAAUGAUGCAUGGCUUCAGAAGUCAAUUACACAUUAAGCCGGCCACAACUAUCGGUUGUAUUGUGUUGUAUCACUAUAUUCUGAUUGGCUAGCCUCAUGUCCUUGUGUGUACGCACUUCCACGCAGCAAGUUUUAUCAGUCCGGAGCCUUUUGGAGUAAGACCAUUCACUGGAUUGAAGAAAGUUUAACAGCAUUGUGUGUUUAAAAGUUGUUGGAGUUUUCUUUGAAACAUGUAGUAGCUUUUAAGUGAGAUAUUUUCACGUUUGCCAGCGCAUUUGUUUUCUGUGAGUUUGUAUUGGUUGUAGCACCCCCACACGUCACGCUAUAACAGGUUCUGUGAUUAUUAUUAUUACUUUUUUAAAGCUGUCAAAGCUGUCAACACGCCGUUGCUGACUUUAAGUCUGUAGUCCUCUUGUUCUAAUACACAAUUGAACUGGCAGCUGUCAUUGAUGCUUCUCUUGAUAUUUCCAUCUGCUACCAUGCUGUGAAUUUGUUUAUUACUGAAGUGCGUCAAGUCUGAAGUGUCUUUUACAAGUCAAACACAGCACUGAUGCCAGCAAUAUCAGUAACAUCAGUCAUGUAAGCACUGGCAGACUACACUGGACAGUGCUCACAGGAAAACUAAAGACAAAUCAACAACCUACGUACUAGCAGAAUGUGAAGCUACAGUUUCCCUCAAAACAAGAUGCAACUCAGCAGUAAGAGGUACGAGAGAGAAGUUGGAACAUGCAGCCACUGAUGCUCUCACUGGAUGUCACUGUGAAAACAAUCAGCCCUAGUAUUUCAUGACAGCCUAAUGGCAUUUUCUGGUAGGCGGUCGUGGCCACAUAUAGCGACAAAACACUCCAGACUUUGGCAAACGUCUGGCUAGCCAUGUUUCAUCAGUGGUCAGUUUCUGACAACAGAGCCACACUUGGCUGAAUAUUUUUGGGACCACUCUCAACUAACGCACUAACGUGUGAGAAUGAUCAAAAAUAUCUGGACAGCAGUGGCUCUGUGGAAGCUCUUUGAGUGAAUCAGUCUAUUGCUGUGCCUUCUAUGUGGAGUCAUGCAGGUGUGAACGUUUUCUUAAUUCGUCUUUUAGGCAAAAGAAGUGGAAGUAAUGCUAAUUUUUGAAUGGACGAUACUAAAUGGAAAGAGGUGCUGAAAAGCUUUGUGAGAGCUACUGCUUGAAUGUUUUACAGGUACUCGGGCCACAGCUCAUAUGAAAAAGACUUGAAAAUGUUAAAAAUAUUACGUAUUUUUUUAAAGACCCAUAAAGGAGCAGAGAAAGAAAAGUUCACGUCACACAACAUUUGAAAUAUUGCUUGAUUGGAGCUUCCUUUUUGGAGACUGCUACCUAUAGACCUGCGUUUAUUUCUGUGAAUAAAGGCCAAAAGCCCCCAAUUAGCAUAACUGAUUUGCAUGUUUAAGGAACACUUUACAAUAUCAAGUUUCUUUGUCCACUUACCCCUGAUGUUGUCUGCCGAGAACGUUUGGUGUCCUAAUUUUGCUUCUUUAUUUUAGCGCGGGAGCUACAAGGCUAACUUGCUAGCAAAUACUAGAAGUCAGUAGUCACCCAAAUCUUUUCUGUAAAUGCAUUCUUAAAGCUUUUCUCAACCCACUCAAACUGCAUCCAGGUCUUCAUUAAGGUCACGCAGACUUUUCAGUGUGGUUUAGGGGACAGUAUUUUGGAUGACUUGACUCUUAGUGUUGACGCUUAGUGUUAGCUCAGUGUAAAACUGGUAUUAUUAGCAGCAUAUCAUUCAGUCUUCUCUUUUGCCUGUAAAGUGCUCCUUUAAGAAGCAGCUGUAUGGCUCCCGAGUGGCGCAACCGUCCAAGCGUUGGCCCUGUCAUCAGGAGAUCGCGGGUUCGAUCCCUGGUGAUGCUACAGCCAUCCGUAGCCGGGAGUCCGAGAGAGCACAAUUGGCCUCGCUCUCUCUGGGUAGGAUGGCCCCUCCUUCUCCCCCCAUCACUCAGCGCGAUGCUAGUCAGCGCGGGCGUCUGUUAGCUGACGUAACAGAUCUUGGUGCUUUCGUCCGAGCGCGUUCAGCUGUCCAUAUGUCAAUAUUUUGUCCAGUGACGUUGUCUGAGCGGCAGUUCGAAAAGAUGCGGUGGCGCUUCACAGGAGGAAGCCUCCUAGCGUUGAUAGCAUCGUGUGAUUGGGGGAGUCCUAACUAGCGGGUGGAGAAAAGCGGGUAAAAAUUGA